AUGUCGUACCAGGACUACAACACGUCGUCUUCGGCGUUGAGAAAAAGAAGGACCAUCAAAAAGUCCAUCAACUUCUCGGCCAUGAUUAUUGGCGAGUCCGGUCUGGGCCGUUCCACCUUGAUCAACUCCCUCUGUGGAGGAAAUUCCAUAGUUCCCACGUCUCUGACAGCCACCCAGGACUCUUUCCAGAAGAGGCUUACGUUGAGGCACGAAAACGUCGAGUUGGAGGACAACGACGGUCACAAGAUCUCGUUGAACAUCAUCGAUACCCCCAAUUUCGCCAAUGCCAUUGACUGCGACGAUGACUUCAAGAUCAUCGUGGACUUCAUCAGACAUCAAUACGACGAGGUGCUUUUGGAAGAGAGCAGGGUCAAGCGUAACCCUCGUUUCAAGGACGGUCGUAUCCACGUGUUGAUCUACAUGAUCAAUGCCACGGGCCAUGGUCUCUCGGAGAUUGACGUGAAAUUCUUGCAACACGUCAGUGGGUUGGUCAAUGUGAUUCCUGUCAUAUCCAAGGCGGACUCCUUGACGCCUGCGGAAUUGAAAUUGAACAAGAAAUUGAUCUUGGAAGACCUCAACAACUACAAGAUCCAGUACUACAGAUUCAACGAGUAUGAGUACGAGCAGGACUACAUCGACGACGAGAUCAUCGAGUACAACAAGUACUUGAACUCCUUGAUUCCAUUCGCCGUCAUCGGUGCCAACAAAUUCCAGGAACUGGGCGACGAGGACGACCUCUUGAAGUUGCGCGUGUUGAACCCAGCAUACGCCAAGCCCAUCAACAUCGAAUUGCCUGAAAUCAACGACUUCACGAUAUUGAAAAACAUUCUUUUGAUCACACAUCUCAACGAGUUCAAGGAGCGCACGCACGAGGUCAUCUACGAAAACUACAGAACCGAGGCCUUGUCCGGAAAGAAGUUCUCCUACAGCAAUAACGAGGAAGAGGAAGACAAUGGCGAAAAGAAGGAAGACGAGUCGAGCUACCUAAUGAAGGAAGAGCAGAUCAAGUUGGAAGAAGAGCGCUUGAAGAAGUUCGAGGAGCGUGUGCACCAGGACUUGGUGAACAAGAGAAGAGAGCUUUUGGAGAGGGAAAACGAGUUGAAGGAGAUCGAGAAAAGAUUACUCGCCGAGGGAUUGAAGUUCAAUGAUGAGGGCGAGGUGGUCAAGAUAGACGAGUAA